GUAAUCGUUACGUAGAACUAGCUUACUUCCAACUCCAUAGCAAUUGAUUGCCAAGUCACUCCACAGUCACUCCCCAAUGACAUCCUCCAAGUUCAGGCCUUGUCUUAUCGUAACUGUAACCCAAUAGCAUUUAGGAAAGCUUAGAAGAGCGAAAUCUUUAGGAUUUCAGGGUUUCACUUUCAUAGGAAUAGCUGUAGGCUGUGCCGGCGAGUCAUCCUCUAGGACAGCGAGGUAGUGGUCCGCCGUUAUGGCGGUGCACGACUCGCAGCUACCAUUUGUUAAGCAGCCAUGGGGCAGGCCUUCAGGGAGAUCGAUGUUUGGAAGGCAGGCAGAUUCCAAGAAGAACAAUUCCCCCAGCUUCUCGAUGGGUGGAAGUCGGGAAGGUCGUGAGAAAGUGUUCCUAUCACAAUCACACGUGGAGGUCGACCGGAAAUGCCGCGAAGGCCCUGGCCACAUCUACAACUUGCCUAGUUCGAUGGACCGGCAGGCAGAGGCGCGUAAGCAGUCCGCUGCGUCCUACUCGUUUUCGCACUCAGCACGACUGAAGGAAAAGCAAAACGCAACCCCGGGGCCAGGCGUAUACCAGCCAGUCGUCAGCGCCAUCGGGGAUCAGCAGCUGUCGGCAAAAAUCAGCCCCGCGCGCGUACGAUUUGGGUCAGCCACACGUGACCAAUCCAGCAAGCUCUUCCUCUCCGCCGGCCACGUAGCCCAGCAGCGCGGCACGAUGGGGUCACCUCCAGGCUCCUACGACCUGCCUGGGGCGCUAGGGCAACAGGUGGCCAGCUGCAAACCCAGCUCGCCCUCCUACUCCCUCCCGCGGACAGACCGGCUAAAGGACAGAUACGAAGCGCUCUCCAAGACCAUGCCCGGGGCGGGGCAGUACGAGACGUGGAACAGCAUCGGGAAACAGACGCUGUCACUGUCGCGCACCAUGCCAGCCUAUGGUUUCGGGAGCAGCGACCGUGACAAGGAGUCCGGCCGCUUCGUCACCUCCCAGCACGCCAAGGUGCUCCGAGGGCACUUCUCGCCCGCCAACUACGACCGUCAACAACCCAACAACAUGACCAGCUUCGGCAAGCAGAGCCUCAGCGCUAAGACCAGCGUGCCGUCGUACGGUUUCGGAACGCAGCCACGCAUGGUCUUUAAAACAAGCCAGACGCCGGGCCCCGGUUCGUACGAGAACUAACGCGAGACGUCUGCGGCGCUUUCGAAGGUUAGGGGCGAAUGCGUGGGAAGCACAUGCGUGUUGCGCCGACAGGCGCUAGCUAGGCCUUGGCCGCGUGGGGGUGGCAGCAAGCUCGUAAUUGAAGUAUUCAUAGACGUAGCUUCUCCCAUAGCACUGGUACUGCCCUAACACAAAGGAGGACUAGCGCUUGCCGUGUUGACGUAGGUCCCGGCCAUCUUCCCGGGAAUGUGUUUGGUUUAGAGGGCAUGGAGCGUGUUGUAAGCGGCAUUGGCAUCCGAAUUGCGCACCGCGUACUCGGGUGGUACCUAGUGGAAUUGAUACAGUGCAUAGGCGCAGGUGGGUUGCACAUAAGCAAGUAAUGCGCGCCAUGAAUAGUGCUGGGGUUGCUUCUUAUUCAUACAACCUGCGUAAAUGGUUGUCGCUUUGUGUGGCAUGCUUCAUUGGCUGUUAGCGUUUGAAAUGUGUGUGUUGGGAUGGAUGGCUUCAUGAUUCUUAUAGUUCCCUAUCGCGGAUGAGAGGAGGGACUGGGAAAGCCAAAGUUACCAAGCAGGCACGGCCCAUGCCGCAAGCUCUUGCUUGAUCCGCGUACCCAGUAUCGUCUUGUUGCAUGGUCGAUGGUGGGCUCCGGGGUUCGUACGGAACAGCACUUACCUUUCUGGACGAAGUCUGCAUGCUAAUAUCUAUGGUAUAGACAAACAUGUGUAGGUAUUCAUGCACCAGAUAAUGACACCGCUUGGCAUAGCUUCCGAGCUAAGGUCGAGGACGCUACCCUACCUGCUGGCCUAGGCUUACCCUACCUAUUGUAACUAUAUAUUCUAUCGAUAUGCAUAGCUCUAUGCAGCGUCGAAACUGUUUCCUUACGGAGCAUUCUCAGUAACGGUCAAACAGCAGAUGGCCGGGGACGACGGCUCUGCAGUCAUUAGCACUGCAGCAGAUAUAAAGGAUAAGGUACAACAGCUUCAGCAGAGGCUCCAGACCUGUGUCGAUACUCUUGAGGUAGUGUCCAGCUCUUCAGCCUUGCCGGGUGGACUUGAGCCCCAGCAGCAUCCAACUCCUCUUCGUCCGGCUCAGUCACGCGGUGUUGCGAAACUAUUGCUACCAAAGCAAGACGAGGAAGGUACUGGAAAACGACGACCGGGCAUUGCAACUUUCCUUUCUGGCACCGAAGCUAGAAAGCAGGAUGGCGAUUUCGCUAGCCUUUCAGCAUGCAGCAGGAACAACUCUACCAGAAUUGCAGGGGCAGCAAAAAGUGACGAGGACUGGCGCGAGGACCCCUCCGCCGAUGCCGAUUCCAGUGAUUCGCUCAGCCCGGACGGAGACGACCAAGCUCGGGGCAGCAUGGCGUCUGCUCGUUCAGACGUCGCGCGCAAUAUAGCUGGCAGCAGCGCUCCGCAAGCGGCGCCCGUUACGUCGCUCAGGACCGCGUUGGGGAGCUUAAAGCAGAGUAUUUCGCCGUACGUGCAGAACGCCCUGACGGGUGCACAUACUCCAACGCACGGCGAGCAACUCCGGACUCAGUACCAAAAAGCGUUGGGGGACUCCAUCCAGCGGCGCUUACUGGGUCGUGCUGAGACGUUCCACUCCUCAGGCAGCAUGGACCUCUCCAGUGAGGACGGUGAACACGGCGGCAUGGCUUUUGGAUCCUUGUCGCGCGCACGCUUAGCACCGUUUGGUGUUGACCCAGGCACCGCAGCCAGCUCGGGCGCUGCAAGCCCGUUACAUGCGUCACCACCUGCGCACGUCGCGCAUAGCCUGCAGGCAUUCGGCGGUGCCCCUGGGGAUCAACCGGCUUCUAAGUUUGCGGGCUUGCGGCUGUCCAGCCUCGGCAGGGCAUCAAGGACUGACGACGGCGCGUAUUCGCCUGGUAGCUCCCGAAGAAGCAGCUUCGACAUCCAGCCAUCCGCAGGGGCGCAGGAGCUGAGGGUUGCCGCGCUACCUUCGCCAUCUGGGUCAGCGAAUGCGAUGCAGGCCUCCCCUGGAGCAGCUCCAAGUGCCUUUGGGCCACCGGCACGCUAUGCGCCAACGUCAAAUCGAGAUGAUGGUUUCAGCGGCGCACAGGCCAUUUGCAGGGACGGCUUCGGGUACGGCAGCGGCGGUAGCGACAGCGGUUUCUCCCACAGCACGGCGGGUGGCCGUACUGAGGGUGGUCAGCAUCCAGACGUCUCGGGGCAGGCCGCAGCGGAAUGGCCCUCGCCAUUCGCCAACUCUCCGCUGCAGUCCUCGAAGUCCUUGGCAGGACAUUUCAGCGGCAUGGGAAGCGGGGCUGCGCCGCAGGUGCCGCCGUCGCCGCCCAAGGCUGGUCAAGCACCGGUUGUCGGCUUCGUGCCACCACCAGAGGUCAUGGGUAGCGCUGCGCAGGCGCCGUCGGCUAUCGGCUUCACCCCGCCGCCUGAAAUUAUGGGAGGUGGCAAAACUGCUUGCGGUGAUGUCCUAAACACCGUCUCAGGGAAGGCGACGCCCCCUGGCGCCGCCAGCUUACCACUUGUCGAUUCGCGCCUGGUGCUGGGAGCCGCUCAGAGUGUGCCGCAGCCCAGUCGCCCGCCUGCAUCCAUGCCCCUGCGCACGACGGAGACUGUUCGCUUCCGCAUAGACCCCGCAGCAGGGCAGCUGCCGGCGGGCGGCCUGGGCUUUGCGGUGCCGCCGCUGCUAUUGGGCGCAGCCAGUGCUGGGAGCACCCUGCCUGACAGCAAGGACGGGGCAGCCGGCCAGGCGGUAUUCGAGGAACGCGUCACCGAUGACGCCAACGUGGACUCCCCCAUGAUGGGUGUGCAGACUGCGGCGGGCGAGCGGCAUCGUACCAGCGGCGCGACUGCCGCCGGCGGGGCAGCCCUGCCGCCUCCUGGCGUGCCUAUGGGCGCCUUCUCCUUCGGCAUUAACGCACAGGUCUUCUCCAGCAACCCGGGCGGAGGCGGCGGAAGCGGUGGGGGCGGUGGCAGCGGCAGCGGCGCUGGCUAUCACCGGCUUGCCAGCUGCGGCAGUGGCCGGCACACCUCCUCCUCCCCGCGCGGCCUGCAGACAGUGCAGGAGGAGGACGUGGACGACGACAGCACGUCGUCAGCUUCUGGCUGGCGACCCGGGCUGCGGUCUGACUCGGAGAGGUCAUCAGCGCCUGGCAUGGCAGAUGCAGACGCAAAAGCACUGCGCGUGCAGGCACAGCGGCAGCAGUCCGCCAGCAGCAUUGCAUCGAGCACGGAUCCCGCCCAGCGUUCCGCUUCCGCGGCCGCCGCCGCUGCGGGCAGGAUUGGGCUGUUGGUGGGGGACUUUGAGCAGGAGCGCGCCCUGGGUCUCAGGUACACUCGUGACUCUGAGCCGUCCAUUGAUUCCCAGCCGGAGGCGGGCGGCAAGCUGCCUUGGGAGGAAAGCAGCGACGAGGAGGAGGCUGGCGGGGACGACCUGGAGAGCAGGGCGUCUAGCAAGUCUCAGCAGCGAGGGUCAUCAUUUGGCGCUGCCAGCCGCCAAACAGCGGCUUCCGGCUCAUUAGCCGGCGCAUCUCAGGGCGCGCCCCCUGCUGCUGGGGUAGCUGCAACGGCCGCCAACGCGGCAGGCAGCGCAGGACGCAAGUCGGUAGGGCCGGCGGAUGCAGCCAUCCCCGGUGCUGGUCCGGCUCCGCUGUCGCCCUCGGCGGCAGGUCGGCCGACGGGCCAGGCAGUGCUCGGGAGCCGGGAUAGCGGGCAGUCUGUGAGCCCCGGGCGUACGUCCAGCUUGAGCCAGUUUAGCAGUGGUGAGAGUCUCGCCCGCUCCGCUGCGGGUCUUCCGGCACCGGCCACCGGCGCCCACGGACCAACUACAGCCCCGGCGUCGCCGCAUCGCGCCCCCAACACCAGCCCCGGCUCGGCACAUGCCGCCGCCAGCCGGGCAGGCACCACCACCCCCGGCGCCUCCACGCCUGGCGCCCCAUCCUCGCCCCGGCACUCCAUUCCCGGCGUCAGCAUCACCCUCACCGAGUCCGACAUAGCCCGCUGCGGCGGCAUGGUGCCGGCGCUGCUGGAGGUCGUACGGGAGCGCUUCCGGCAAAAGGGCGUGGCCAGCCUGGUGUCGCACUUUGCGCCCGGGAGCGGCGGCGGGCAUGCAGCAGACCCUGUUGCGGCUGCGUCGCUGGCGCUGAGCGGCGAGACGCUGAAGGAGCGCAUCAUGGCGCGUGUGGAGACGUUUGCUGCACAGCGGCGGUGGGGCAGCCCGGAGGACCUUGUGGCGGCGCUCAUGUCGGUGGCAGGAUCGGAGGACGGGAGUCAUGAUGACGCCACCGCAGCCGGCAGCAAGCCCGCCUCGAAGCGUGUCAGCACCGUGGGCGGUGUGGAGCGGUCCUGCUCGUCGUCAUCCUCCGUGGGGCCCAUGGCUGGGGUGGGGGGUGGCCAUGCUCCGCCAACCAAAGCCGCAGCCGGCAGCGCCAUGCAUGCCAACAUGAACGGCGGCAGCCCGGCCCCGCUCAUAGCUCGUCCCGCAACAGCGGGAGGCGUCAGCAUGCCGCAGCCAGGGCGCCAUCCACAGCUUGCUGCGGGCAGCAGCCCUUCACCCGGCGACCGUGCUGCAAGCCCAGCCGCUGCCCUAUCUCGCCCCAGAGCCCUGUCAGCUUCCUCAGCCACCCUGUCGCGGCCCGGCUACAGCACUCCUCCCACCACAGCGCCAGCGGCUGCGUCACCGCGGGCCGGUACGCCGCCGUCGCCUCGUGCUCAGGCGCCGCCUUCACCCCGCCAUCAAGCUUCGAUUCCCGUGAACGCGCCCGCCGCAACCACACCCCGGGCGCCAGGCGGCACCUCUCCCAAGGCACCUGCAGCCGCCAUGCCUCGCUCCUCCGUGCAGGCCUCCCCGCGCACCUCGGCGCCCGCAUCUCCACAGGCCUCGACGCCAGUGUCGCCGCAAACCUCAGCGCCCGCCUCACCCCGGACCCAAACACACGCAUGCCCGCCAGCUUCGGUCCAGACUUCGCCCAGCAAGGCCGAGCAGGCGACGCAGACUCUGCCUGUCCCCCUGGGUCCGCCGGCAGCACCAGCCCCUACCGACACCACCUCGCCGGUGCCGCUGGGCACUGCGCGCGACUACUUCCUCUCCACUGUGGUGCCGCUAUCGACCCGUCCGGGCGGCUCUGCUGCAGGCCACAGCCUCCUGCCGCCCGACAUGCCCUCCAUCUGCACCGCAGCGGACUUCUUCCGCGGCACCGCCUCCCGCGCCACCCUCAACACCUCAUGCAUGGCGGCACCCGCCCGCGAGCUGCCAGCCGGGGUAUCCCCAGCCGCCGCCUUGGCUGCUGCCGGCGCGGGGGACACCACCCCGGCUCGGCCCCGCAUGGCGCGGGACCUGAUGCACCUGAACGUGACGCCCGCCCGCUCUCGCCGCGCUUCUGCCACGGGGCGGCCUAGCAACAGCGGCGGGGGGCUGGUUGGGCGGCCAGGCAGCCUGAGCCGCCGCGGCAGCACUGGAGGCGGUCGGGUGGUCAUCGACGACGAGCCGGUGGAUCUCGUGACGUACUCCGCAUCUCGAGUUACGUCGUACAACAGCCGCCGGCCCACGCCUGGUGCGUCGCCCAUACUUGCAAGCUCAGGGCGCGGGCAGGUGUCUGGUGGCGGCGGUGCAGCGGUAGCGGCGGAGCCGGCGGUGGUGGCGGCAGCAGCAGGGCCGCAGGCGCAGCAGCUUCCGGGUCGGGCUGAGGGUCGUGGCGGAUUGACGCGGGAGGUGCUGAUGCACCUGGAGCACUUGGCGCCUGCGGGACACCCGUUUGAGACGUCGACGGAUGAGGAGCGGGAGGAAGAGGAGCGGCGUGCCAGGCGGCGGGCUCGGCUUAACCGGCCGGAGCGCCGGUCUGCAGGUUUUGCGGAUGCUGACGGUCUGGCUGCAACCCAGCUUCACGUCUCUUACGCCGACACUGAACUACCUGGCGCGCCGGGCGGCCGCCAGCCGCAGCCCAGUCCGCGACGCGGCGGCGCAACUGCCCCGGUCGCGGAGCGGCACACCAAGCCCCUAGACGGUGGCGACGCCCUGCAGCCGCCGGCCCCCAGCAGGCUCGGCGGGCUGCCGCGCCAGCUGGCGGCUGUCAUGGCGGAGGCGCCGGCGGGUGAGGACUCCACCGAGUCGCCCCCUAUCGCCGCAGCGCCGGGCGACCUCAUCCCCAUGCCGCCUCUCAGCCUAGACGCGCCCGACAUGCCGGAGCCUGGCGGAGGCGACGUGGCCGCCGUAGCAGGGCCGCAUGGCGACCUCCGCGUCGGCAGCCCCAACGGCGUCCUGCAGCUGCCGCAUGACACGUUCUUCAUCAAGCAGUCGCCGGCGUGGCGCCGACGUGGAGCUGCGGAGGCAGCUGACGAAGCGGAACUGGCGCCGCCAGCAGCCACAGCAGCAGGGGUUGCUGCGGCUUCCAAACGGCUGGGGCAGCCGGCUGGUGCUAUGCGUGGCCGUGGCACGCAGCCGUGCGCAGCAACUGCGGCAGCCGCGGGCUCGCUGUCGCCUUCGCGGUUGGUGCGGCUGUUGCCGGGACCAGCCGCGGUGGACAAUGACGAUGACUCGCCCUUCAAGCGACACAGCGGCGAGCCGGCAUGCUGGCGCAGCAGCAGCGACGAAGCUGAUGAGACUGACGGGAACGUCCGGCGCUCGCUGGGCGCUCGGGCUGCUGGGGGCGGUGGCGGUGGGGGACGCCAGCGCCGGCAGCCACAUAGGCCCGCCGCCGCCGCUGCUGCUGCCAGCAACGGUCACCGUAACGAGGCAACAGCCGUCUUCACAGCAGCAACCUCGCCACGUCAUCUCGGCACUGCCAGCCGGGGUGCCAGAGCUGGCGCUGCUCGGCGCAGGGCGCCGUACUGGGCAGAUGAGGAGGACCUGGCAGCCGCGCCGUAUGACCCGUCUGACCCCGACCCGGAGCCCCUCGUUUUGGAUGGCGACCCUUCAGCGGCCUCUGUCCCCCGCGGCGCCAUGAGCCCGUCUUCGGCCGCCGCCAGCACCCUAUCGCAGCGGCGCUAUGUGGAGGCGGCGCGGGCGCACCGCAGCGUGUCUGAAAGCAACAGCGCACGCCGGGCUAGUGGCGCGCUGGUGCUGCCUGAAGGGGACGAGGAUGUGGAUGUGGGCGCGGGGAUGAAGGCUGGAGAUGCGGAGGAGGAAGGCGGGUACGGCAGGAGGGCUGCGGCUCAUGAGCCGAAGUCCCCCAUGAGGCGGCCGCGGCUACCACGCAGUGCCGACCCGGUCCAGCCACCGCUGCUUCGUGUGUCCUCACCCUCGUCCCUAUCGGGAAGGAGUUCCCAUGGCGACAAGGACGCGGACAUAGACCGCCAGGGCCGCAGUCGCGUCCAACCACAGCCCGUGGGCGGCAUCCCCCGCGGCUCGCCAAAGGCUGCUCAUGUGGCUGCCACCAAGGGCGUCGUCAAGGGCGUUGAGCAGGAGCCCACUGCGAGCGAGCUGUACGUAGCGGGCAAGGACACGGCAGUAACACGACCCAGCGGUGGCGGUGCUGGCGGUGGCAGUGCCGAUGACAGCGACUCGGUCCGCAGCAGAGGAACCGGCGGGGGCGCCACCCGCGUCCGGCAGUCCCUGCAGCGGCUGCUGGACCUGCGGGCCUCCUCCCUCACCGCCUCCUCCGCGGCACCCAACCGGGGCAGCAGCUUCCUGCCCAGCGAGUGCUCCAGCCCGCCCACGCCAUCCGCCAAGCAGCCCGCAGCUGUGGGCACGACUGCCAGCACGCCUGCGGCCAGGUCUAGUAGGGCUGCGGGCGCUGCACCUGCACCUGCCGCACGCCUGCAACCGCCCGUGGAACGCGUUGCAUCGGGCACUGCGCCCGGUCCGGCUUCCUCGGCAGGUGCUACUGUGGGCGACGCGACGGAAGAAGCGCCUGCACAACUGAGCACCCGGUCCCUGCCGACGGUUGGCGGUGCCAUCUCAGGUGCCGCAGCAGGCGCUGCUCGAGGCCUUGUUGCCCUGUCGGGGCUGUCUGCGCUGCUCUCACGGCCGAGCAGCACCAGCGGCUGCUCGGCCGACGUGCCGCCUGAGGAGCCCGGCGGCGGGGCCAACCCCAAGUACACGCAAGACAUGGCAGAGGAGGAGUACGGUGUGGACGUGGCGACGGGUGACGUGGAUGUAGACGAGGUUGCUUCGCCGCGAGGGCACAGGGUUCGUGGCGUGGGCGUGGGCACACCUCGCGGCGCACCUGCGCGACUGGACCGGAAGGCGCCUCGCUCGCGGCCACUGCCGUACGACCCGUCGGAGGUGCCCACGGUUGGCGUGGAGGAGCUAUGCGCCAGCUAUACUCGGGAAUUGGAGCGGAUGGAGCUGCAGGACGUGGUUUCGGAGCUGCUGGCUCAGCUGCCGGCAGCGAGGGCGGAUGAGGUUAUCGAGGCGGCGGCGGAGCAGCCCGCGGUACCGGAUGCUAGGCAGCCGCAGCCGCAUGAGCAGUUUGUCGCAGCCCCCAUGCCAUUCAGCGCUGAGCUGCCGCCCGGCCCCUCAUCCGUCUCCACUGGGGCGCCGACGUCAUCGCUUGCCUCCUUCUCCACGUCGUCUUCUCGGGCGUCCAGGGCACCAGGACGCGGCCCGCGCUUCGCCAUUCCGCCAAACGCCAUGUCCGCCGCCAUUGCUGCGGCCUUGUCCGCGGCUCGGCCGAACGGAGGCGCACCCACCAACCAGCCAACCCUGCAGGAGUCGCUAGCUGGGCUGUUUGCACCGCUGCAACGCCCAGCAGCGGUGCCCCAGGCUUCCCGCACAGAGCCUGCGCCGCCGUCGCUACCGUCGUCAUACUCCUCGCCGCCCUCCUCUCCGGGACCCAGCGAGCCCACCACCGUUGCGUCUGUACCCUCUUCCGAGCUAUUCCGGCCGCCGGAAGUUCCCGGGUCCACAACACAGAGCCGCGUGUUGGUGGUAGGAGCACCCGCGCCGCCGCUGCUACACGGGGCCACGGCGGAGGACGCAGCCGGUGGGUCUACCUCGGCAGGUGCGGCGCCUGCCGGCGGCCUCAGCCGCACAUUGGCAGAGUUGCUGGGCCUGCUGGCACCGCUGACCAGGCCCGCUGCCGGCCCGCCCUCCACAUCCGCCUCGGACUCCUUCCCGGACAGUGCAUCCGAGGCCGCCGCCACCGCUGCGGCGUCCAUUGCGACACAGACCAGCACCCGAACCAUGGAUGCGGCCACCAUCACCUCGCAGGGAGGAGCCGCAGCCGGCGAGUCGCGCCGCCGCCUGCGCUCGCAGCAGCGCUACCCGGCGCAGGGCGAGAGCCCCCGGGCGCGCAGGGGUAGCAGCCCCCGGGCGCAGGGCUCUGAGCCGGAUCCAGAGCUGCGGCGGCUGCUGAUGGCGGCGUGGAGCCAGUGGUACCUGCACCGCAGUACGGGCGGUACGGGGGACGGGAGCUCGCGUGUACGGGGCAGCGGUGUGGGGACACUGGGCGCGCCAGGGGGGUAUGGGGCCCAGGAGGCGGCAGCAGCGGUGGCGGCGGGAGGGCAGCAUGUGGUCACCACGGUGCGCCCGCUGGUGGGGUCGAGAUCAUGGGAUGCGGACGCGGCGUCGCAGACGUUACUGGAGGCCGCCAACUCCAGCCGCCUGCACGCCGGCUUCGCCCGCUGGCGCUCCCAGGCUCGCCCCGGCAGCCCCACCUCCACCGACAGCUCCAGCCGCCGCCGCCUCGAUCUGGCCACACUCGAACGGGUGCCAGCGACACCAGGACCCACCAACAUCGCACCGCCCACUCUCUCCGCCCCCACGCCCGCGCCCGCUCCUACCCUGGCAUCAAGCGUCUCCCGCACCCAGCCCACCACGCUGGCUUCAGCACCGUCAGCGCCACCGCCGUCACGCCAGAGCGCCACCUCUGCGCUGCAAGCCCUAGCCUCAUCCAUCGCUUCCGGCUCUGUUUCAAGCACCGCGCCGCGGCGAUUGCAGGUACCACCCGCACCUGUUCCGCCGCCGGUGCAGCCCAUGCCUGGUGCCUGGGCUGCAGCGAUGCCAAGCCAGCCAUUACCGCAGCCAGUGGCGCCGCUCUCUCGGCACUCAGCCACCGCUUCCUACACGGGGCUGGCGGUGCCGUCUGCUGCGCGCGCCGUUGCCGUCCGGGCACCCAAGCCGCAAAGCCUGGGUGCAGCCGGCCCGGCGGCUGGCCCCAUGUUGCCAGCAGGCGCUGCCACCACUAACAUUGGUGCGGCGACCAGCGCUCAAUCCACGCCCACGGUCUCGCGGAUCAGCGGCGUAAGUCAGGUGUUGGCGCCGCCACCGCCGGCGCAGCAGCAGCCGCAGCAAGGCAACAUCACCCGAUGGGCAUACCCUUCCCAGCAGCAGCCCCAACAGCAGCAACCACAGCACCCAUCAGCGCUGCGGACGCAGGUGGAGCCGCCUCAACCACUCAUUCGACGUGCCAGUUCGCUGGCGGGUCCAAGCGCUCUGGCAGAUGCGGGAGCAGGGGUGGCAGCAGCGCGUGCCGCUCCCUCUGCACCAGCCACCUUGCGCAGCCUGAGCCUCAGCCGGUCCGCCCCUCGUGCCUCGGGGGCCCCCGAGUCGCUCUUAGCUCUGCGGUCGUUGGAGGGGCUAGGAGCGGGCGGCGAGGGGGCCAGUCUGGCGGGCAUGCAGCUGGCACCCAGCGUUUCGGCAGCCCUGCCCAUUCAGGCACAGCAGCGGCCCGCAAGCCCUAUGCGGAGCGCUGGGCUGGUAGCGGGGGGCAUUGCAGCAGAUGCGGGUGCAGGGGCGGCUGCGGCGCAGCAGGGCUCGCAUGGCGUUUCGCUGUCGAGGCCUUCAAGCAGGGGACGGGUAGCAGGAGGGUACGCGAGCGACAGCGGUGCUGGCGGUGGCCGCGGCAGUGCGUCCGGGGUUGGGGUUGCGGCUGGGGUUGGGAGUGGAAGCAUUUUGGCUCGGUCAUCACUCACGCAGCGGGGUCGUGUAGGGGUCAUGGGAGGUGGGGGUUUGCUGGAUAUGGUGUCUGCAAGGGCCGGGGCUGAUGAAAGUGCUUUGGGCAGCAGCAUGGGCGCUGCAGGAGGGGGCAGGAGCUCCUCGGCCUCCCGUCGCCCGGCGUCUGCUGGGGCCCUGGGCUCGGAUAGGGGCGCUGCUGGCGCUUCGCUGUCGCAAUCGCAAUCUAUGCGGCCGCAGUCGCCGUUUCGGAGCGUGACGGAUACUGGCAACAUCAGGGCUUCCGUUUCUGGCGUGUCGCAAGGUUCUCAACUGAAUCUUUCUUUCUAUGGCGUGCGGCAGUGAAAGCUUGUGUGAAAUAGUUUGGAUAUGUGAGCCGUCCCAUGGGACAGUUGUAUGGUCGUGAGCUAGGCUGUAUUUCUCUCUAGCAGUGCAUGGGGAAAACACUAUUGCAAUAAAAUUCAGUCUGGAAUAUGGAGUACAUAGCUUGAAGCAGGAGGAAUGGCGGCAUUGCUGACUUGCAACCGGCAGGAGAUGACCCUGUAAUGGGUCUUCCGCCGCUUUUAUUUUCACUACAGGUUUGUGAGGACGAUAAUUAUUAGUGGGCAUACGAUAGGGACGGCAUGUUCAUGAUUAGCUCACCGACAUUUGUGAGUGGCGGGCGCUGUGUGUUACCGAGGCGCAAAGCCUGCCAGCAAGGUAACAUGUAUUUAUAGCCCAGCCUUGUUAUGCAAGCUGACUCGCAGAAUUAUUCGGCAAUUGCUGCAAUCGUCCACGAUGUCUAAGGGUCGUCAACGAUUAUAGAAACCGUCCGGCGCGGCAUUAACACAAACAGAUAGUGCGCACAGUGCUUUUACACAUUUGUAACAAUAUAUAAACCAAAUUGGUACUUUACACGUAAAAUCUAUAGCGCAUUGCCGAACCCUGGCGGACGAUAAAACAUACUGGUCAGGGUCGUCACACUUACCUCGACCUGUAUGCGCUCAUUAACGAGGAGUAAAGGAUUGUGCACCUACAGUUUGGGACACGCCGGCUGGCAUAGCGGCUCCUACCCUUUAACGGGCCGUUCGCGUGUACACUAGGGUCGCUGUCACGCGUUUUCGCCGUUAGUGCGGCUUUAAUUUAACACCUACAUUGGGAGAGGUCUCCUUACUCUGUCGCUCUUCGGACUUGGCUGGAAAGCAUGACCAUCGUAAGCCAAAAUAUGUAUCAACAUCGACCAGCGGUAGCAUGGCUAUCAGACCUCCAACGAGCAAAGUUGGAGGGCAUGAGUGGGACGAAACCGAAGAUUACAAUACAGGACCUCAUCGAAAAGGUGAACGACCCCAACGCCCCCGAGCAGGCGCUCAUCCCCACCUCCCCCCGCUCCGUGGAGGCCUGCUUCCGCCUGGGAGUUGACCCGCUGGAGCUGCAGUUCCACCCCAUCGCCUUCUACAAGUACACGGGGGACACGGACGAGAUAGCCAAGCUGAGAUACGAGAAGCAUGAGCAGGUCCGCCGCGAGCGCAUCAAGAGCCUCAUCGAGCUCCGCAAGCGGCUGGUGGACGACGGCUGGACGGGCGAGCAGGGCCGCGCAGCCGCAAAGGCCAAGCCGGCGGCGGGCGGCGGCGGCGACGGGCGCGCCAAUACCUCCACCAUGGUUGAGAAGGAACGGCAGCGGCUGGAGGUGCUCAAGAAGCGGCACGAGAAGGAGGUGGCGCAGAUGCUGGCGCAUGAGGCGCAACGGCAGGAGCUGGCGGAAAAGCAACAGCGCAAGGUGGACGCGUUGGAGGCGAGGGCGGCGGAGCUGGCAAGGCAGAAGGCGGAGCAUGACAAGGAGUGGAUGACGAAGCAGCGGGAGUUGGAGUUGCAGAGGCUGCGCGAGCAGAAGGAGCUGGAGCUGGAGGGGAAGCGCAUGGCGGAGGAGCGGUUUCGGAGGGAGCGAGAAGCGCAGCGGGUGAAGGAGGAGGAGGAGCGGCGAGCGAAGAAGGAGGCGUAUGCGAGGGAGAUUGAGCGGCGGCAGCGCACCGCGGAGGCCCGUGCCGAGACGGAGCGCAUCCUGGCCGAGCAAGCUGAGCGGGUGCGCGCGCGCAAGCAGGCCAUGGAAGCUGCGGACGCGGAGCGCGCCAAGCGGCUGCAGCAGGAGGCGAUGGAGCGGCACCUGGCCAAUGUGGAAAAGCGGAAGAAGGCGGAGGAGCGGAUCAGCAGCACGCUCGCCGCAAACCACCAGCUGCUGCGCAAGAAGCGCGAGGAGUUCAUGCGGCGCGAACGUGACGCUGACGCCCGGCGUGCUGAGCUGGAGCGGCAGGAGGCGCUGGCUCUGGAGGCCAAGCGGCAGCAGGACCUGCAGCGGGAGCAGGAGCGGCACCACAAGUACCUCACCGCGCAGGAGCUGGAGGAGCAGCGCAAGAAGGCCCUCCGCGACCGCGCCGAGGCCAAGGAGCGCGAGCUAGCCGAGCUGGCUGCCAGCCGCAAGCGCGAGAUGGACAUCCGGCGAGUGGAGCGCGAGUUCGAGCUGAAGCGGCGUCUGGACCGCGUUGACGAGAUCAGCAAGGUGCAGCUGUACCAGCGGCAGGCGCUGUUGGAGCGCAUCAUGGACGACUACGAACGCACGCGGCAGAUCAUGCGCGAGCGGCAGUCGCUCAUGCGCGCGCGCAAGGAGACCAACAUGGCGGCCAGCAUGGCGCGGCAGCAGCUGGCGCAGGCCAUGGAGCAACUGAGGUACGCCAAGAGCUUGGAUCGGGUGGCGUCGCAGGGCGGGAUUAACCUGAAUGUUGACCAGCUGAUACGCCGGCCGGCGACGGCGAGGGUGUGAGAGAUGAGCGGGGAGGGCGGGGGUGGGGGUAAAAUAAGGAGGGGGGGGAGGAGGAUAGGGGUUGAGAGGGGGAAAGAAGGAGGAGGGAAUCAAUGGUGGGUGUGUGGGGAAUGGUGGGGGUAAGAAGGUGUGGGGUGAAUGUUUUUUGUGUUGACAGGCAGGAUAGGAGUUGAGGCGCCGGGGAAGGAAACUGAACUAUAUGGGGGUGCAAAGGCAGGAACACACUUGUAUGCGAGGGUUCGUGCAUGUGCCACCCUCAGUUGACCCGCGGGACUUGUUCUGUGUAUUGGCGUGGGUGUUAAGAAUACUGGCCGCGAGGAGAAACGGUGUGUUAAGAUUACUGGCUGCGAGGAGAAACGGUGUGUUAAAAUAACUGGCCGCGAGGAGAAACGGUGUGUUAAAAUAACUGGCCGCGAGGCGAAACGUACUGUGAUUGAAACGGUGUGUGAAACGGUGUGUGUGCGACGUGAUGACGACGCACUAUGAUACGUAAUAAGCUGCUUAAGGAUGCUGGUUUCAUCGCUGGGGGUUACGCCCGCCCUUGCCGCGGGAUGGGAUGUGAGCAGCGAAGUCGUCUCGUGCUGACAGUCGACGUAGGGCCCUCGCUCUGCCUUGCGGUGUACAUGGUAUUGUUUGAAGACUGGAUGACAGUGGGUUGGUAACAAGAUGGGAAGGGGAGUGGGAAGGGCGCACAUCCGUUGUGGAGUCUCACAGUCUCCGUUUGUGACACUGAAGCCCGGUGAGCAGAGCGCGCCCUCUCUAGCGGAGGGGGUGCAGCUUUACAUUCUGACACGAGCGGAAGAGUUUAGUGAAUGAACAUGGAGGGGGGGUGUUGCAGACAGCUGUGAUGUUGUCUGCGUUCUCGACACUCGGAAGGAAGAAGAACAGAUGGCGGCGCCUGGGUGAGUGGGUGGGUUAACGCAAGGUGUGGGGAAGCGGCGAAACUCUUCCCCUUAUCCAUUCACAAUCUUGUGCUACAGUCAUCCACGCCACGCCGUCGGAUACAUACUGUUAUGACAACGACGUCUUGUUUAUUGUUGUACAUCAGCAGGUCCGAUACGAACAUGACCCGUGGGUCACUAGGAGGCGCGCAUUACGCAGGACGCCAAAAGCAAAGGCUGCUAUAGCCCCUACCAAGGGUGGUGUGCGUAUGUGAUGUCGAGGAGAGUUUGUUGCAGGUCUGCAGGCUGUCCAGUCUUGCCGGUUGGGGGGUUGCGAGAUGACUGAGGCGGCAGGAUGGCGUGAAGGAGGGGAGGAAAGGGCCGCUGGAGGGCCGCCUGCCUGGUGCGUGUAAGGACCACAGUAGUUGGGGCAGCAUCGGGUUGUUGAAGAUGGGGGUUCUUACUGACACGUGCUGACAAGGAGGCAGCACCUAAACAAGGUGGCACCUGUGGUAUUGCCACCACUGCUAAUAAAUGUUAUGCAUAUGAUGGCUGGCGGCGAGCCUGCUCUGCUCCUCUCCCAUGGAGCGGCUGGAUACCAAUUACCGUGCGGUGGUGUGUUGGUGCACAGGUGUGACACCUGCUUCCCGGUCUCCCGCCCUGCCGUGCGGUGCCGGGGUCCCCUGUCGCCAUGCAUCCAUGCCACCUUGUUCCCCUGUAACUUGAGAUGCAUGCGCCCGUACGCGGGGCGCGAUAGCUGGCAUAGUCCACAGCCUCUUGUAUCCUCCACCGGGUCGUUCCUCCACCUCCACCUCGCCAGUGGAGAGCCAUUUGGAGGCCAG